AUGUCAGAACAACAAAUCAUCACAUUAUUCAAGCUUGCUGCUACUGCACCAGAAGCAAAUGUUAGAGAAGAAGCAUCAAACAAUUUAAAGAAUAUAGUAAAGGUUCAAGGUGGACUUAUUUCCUUGCUUCAAUUGAUCGAUACACAACAAGACUCAUUUAUUAAACAAUUGGGUGCUAUCUACUUUAAGAAUCAUGUUAAAGAGAAUUGGAAAAAGGGAGAUCAAGUAGAUUAUCCAAUUUAUCCAUCGGACAAGGAAACAAUCAAAGCAAGUAUGGUAGAACUCAUUCUUCGUACACAACAAGCAAAUGUAAAGAGUCAACUGAUUGAAGCUAUGAACAUUAUUGGUGAAGCAGAGUUUCCAAUCAAUUGGCCAUCACUUUUGGGUGAUAUCAUGAACAAGAUCUCUUCAACCACCGACUACAACACCAUCAAUACUCUUUUGGAAAUCUUGAAUACUCUUUUAUGCAAAUAUCGUCCACUUGCCUCUGAUAAACAGGUAUUACUUGAACUUCGUGAGAUUCUUGAUACUUUACCAAAACCAUAUUUAGAGUUAUUUAACAAAACUGGAAAUUUAAUCAAACAAUCAGGAGCAAACUUUACACAAGAACAAGCCAAAUCAUUAUUUACAUCGGUUCAUUUACAAUUGGAGAUUUUCUUAUCAAUGAGUUCUGUCGAUUUACCAGAGUUCUUUGAAGAUAACCUUGAAACCUUUUCAACAGACUUUUUAUACUAUCUUAAUUAUAGAUCAACUAAUCCAGGUUUAAUUAAUUCAAAGAGUGACGAAGAACCAUCAUUAUUAAAUCAAGUCCAUACAAGUGUUUGUGAUAUUGUUAAUUUAUAUAUUGGAGUGUAUGAUGAUGAAUUUUCACAAUACCUCGAUCCAUUUGUAAGAGGUGUAUGGGAAUUAUUAUCACAAACACCAAAUGAAGUUAGAUAUGAUUCUUUAACAUAUUCAGCAAUUAAAUUUAUUGGAUCUGUUAGUAUGAGUAUUCGUCACAGUUUAUUUGCAGAGGAAGGAACACUUAGACAAAUCUGUUCACAUAUUGUUGCACCAAACAUCAAGCUUAGAGAAUCCGAUGUUGAGUUGUUUGAAGACAACCAAACGGAAUACAUUCGUCGUGAUAUCGAGGGUAGUGACAGUGACACUCGUCGUCGUGCCUCUAUCGAGUUGGUCAAGGGUUUGAGAAAGUACUAUGAACAAAAGGUGACACAAAUGUUGUCGGUUGACAUUAACAACCUUUUGGCCGAAUACCGUGCCAAUCCAGCUGCCAACUGGGCAUCCAAGGACAGCGCCAUCUUCCUCGUCACUGCACUCGCCGUCAAGUCAGACUCUGGUACUGCCACUGCCAACGCACUCGUUCCAAUCGUCCAGUUUUUCGAGACAGAGAUUGUACCAGAGAUUACCAAUGCCGCCACAACCAACCCUAUCUUGUUGGCCGAUUGUCUCAAGUUUAUCACCAUUUUCCGUACCCAAUUGCCAAACUUUGAAGCCAUCACCAAGUUGGUUGCUCCAUGUUUGACCAAUCCCAACUAUGUCAUUCACACCUAUGCCGCCACCUGUAUCGACCGUCUUUUGACUGUACGUGACCCUACCACCAAACAACCACGUCUCUCUGUCGCCUUUGUAUUGCAAAAUGUUGGUGAUUUCUUGCGUCUUCUCAUUGGUGUGUUGGGAUUCCCAGAGUCACGUCAAAACGAACGUGUUAUGCGUACUGUUGUCCGUAUCGUCUUGAUGCUCAUUGGCAAGAUUGAUCUCCAAUUGACCGUCGAUCUACUCCAAAAAUUCACUUCGAUUGUCGUCGCCGAGGCUGACAACCCCACCAACCACACCUUUAACCAUUAUUGUUUCGAAGCUAUUGGAUCUCUCCUCAAGUCGUUUGCCGACCGUCCCGAAGCCUUUACCAUUGUCACUCCACUCAUUUCACUCGUCCUCUCCAAGGAUGUCCAAGAGUUUACCCCAUACACCUUCCAAUUGCUCUCUAUCCUCGUCGAAAAUGCUCCACCACAAAACCUCCAAACCUACCGUGACCUCUUGGCCCCACUCUACCAUCCAAACCUCUUUAAGAACCAAGCCAACAUCCCACCACUUGUCCGUCUCUACCAAGCAUUCUUUAAAAAGGACGGUGCCUUUGUCGUCGAAAAGGGUCACAUUGAACCAAUCCUUGGUGUCUUCCGUCUUCUCAUUGCCUCUCCCAUCAAUGAUCAUGAAGGUUUUUAUAUCGUUGAAUCAAUUGUUGAAAAUUUACCAUUUGCAUUGUAUGAAAAUUAUAUGAAACCAAUUUUUGAAAUCAUUUUGGAAAGAGUAUCAAAACACAAGACUGAAAAAUUAUUAAGAUGUUUUAUUAUUUUCCUUGGGUUGGUGAUUCACAAGUUAUCGAUUCAAAAGACUAUUGAAACCAUCAACAAGAUUAGAGUUGGAUUAUGGGCUGAUAUCAUUGCCAAGGUUUGGAUUGUCACCUCUGACAAGGUUACUGGAAAGAUUGAAAAGAAGAUCUUGUCAGUUGCCAUGACUCAAAUGCUUUGUAGCUCUGAGAUGUACACCUCCAUUCAAGAUGCUUGGGUUCAUAUCCUCGAUUGUCAAUACAAGCUGUUGAAUGAAGAGGAAGCUGGUGGUGCAUCCAACGGUGAGGCUGGUGUAGCCAAUGAAGAUCAACAAGAAGCUAUCGAAUCGGCUGAAGGUUACGUACCAUCAUUUGCUCAACUCCAAUUCACCAAAAAGCCAGAUACCGAUCCAGUUGCUGAAAUCUCUGAUUACAAAACCUAUUUUGCUCAACACGUCAAACCACUCUACCAACAACAUUCUGCUCAAAUCAAUCAAUUAUUACAAAAAUGUCAAAAUGAUAAACAAACAGAUACUACAACUACAACUACAACUACAACUAUACCUCCUAAUUUACUUAAAAAAAAUAUAACAAAUUAUGAAAUCAAUUUUUCAUAA